UUUUCACCUGGCAACGUUGUCGCAAAAUACGACAGACGCUGUUUUUUGCGUGCGCCUGAAAAAUUGUUGUUAAAAAUUUGUCAAAAUAUAGAGAAACGACGUGUAACAAGCUUGUUGCGAACGGCCCAAAUAGAAGAUAAUUGUGAAACAAAGCAGUUCAUUACAGGUGCAGCGUAAUGGCCGAGUAUUUGGCAUCAAUUUUUGGCACGGAAAAGGACAAAGUCAACUGCUCGUUUUACUUUAAAAUUGGAGCUUGCCGGCAUGGAGAUCGCUGCUCCCGCAUACACAAUAAACCGACAUUUUCGCAAACGGUGCUGCUGCAGAAUCUGUACGUUAAUCCGCAGAAUUCAGCCAAAUCGGCGGAUGGUUCACAUUUGGUGGCAAAUGUCUCCGAUGAGGAGAUGCAGGAGCAUUAUGACAAUUUCUUCGAAGAUGUCUUUGUUGAGUGCGAGGACAAGUAUGGAGAGAUUGAAGAGAUGAACGUUUGCGACAAUUUGGGCGAUCAUUUAGUCGGCAAUGUGUACAUCAAAUUCCGCAAUGAGGCCGACGCAGAGAAGGCGGCGAAUGAUUUAAACAAUCGCUGGUUUGGCGGCCGACCUGUCUACUCGGAGUUAUCGCCGGUCACCGAUUUCCGUGAGGCCUGCUGCAGACAAUACGAGAUGGGUGAAUGCACACGGUCGGGCUUCUGCAAUUUCAUGCACUUGAAGCCCAUAUCACGCGAGCUGAGGAGGUAUUUAUACUCACGCCGUCGUCGCAAUCGUUCCCGCUCCCGAUCCGGCGGACCACGACGUCGUUCUCGCAGUCGCUCCCGCUCGCCCCGCCGUCGACGUGAGGAUCGUGGCAUUGGAGGAGGCACGGAUCGGGGUGAGCGGGGCAUUGUUGGUGGAACUGAUCGCGGCGGUGAGCGUGGCAUUGGUGGUGGCACGGACCGAGGGGAUCGUAAUGAUCGUGACGGCAAUGAUCGUGAUCGACGUAAAGGCGGUGGCGGUGGAGGAGGAGGAGGCGGCGGCGGCGGCGGAGGACGAUAUUAGUUAAUGGUCCACAAUUUGGACUCCGGACUAUGGAACUACAUUGGUGGCAAUGAGAAACGGACAAUGAACGCCAAGAAUCGUGUAUUUCUCAGCUCUUCAGUCUCCUUUUUUUGUUUUUUUUAUAUGAUUUAGAAAGGGGUGUCCACCACAUAAAUAUGUAUGUACAAACCACCCAAAUACGCUAUGUGAGUUACUUUAUCGAACGCCCAUUAGAAUUGUAAUUACUUAUACACACAUUCGUAAUAAUAAAAUUGAGUAAUAAUUA